GGAGAGAUCGCAGUCACAGCGCGUCCGUGUCGGCCUCACACGCUGCAGGAAGCAAGUCCACGGAGAUGCUGAAGUAGCGCGGGAUGCUGUGGAGUGCACGCGUCGCGGUGAACCAGCGGGUGGCCAAAACCGAAUGGCUUCUCCGGAGCCGUUCCCCGCCACUGACAAAGGGCCCGACGUCCUCGACCAGCUUUCCGCGGCGCCGCACGGCCGCAGAUCGGGCGGAGCAACAGUAGGAGCGCACGACGGGGAGGACAGCUGUGACCCGGCGGCGGCCCGGAGCGGCAACGGUCGCUGCCAUUCAGCACCACGGACAGCGCCGCGCAGAGGAGGCGCCGAGGAGAAAAUCCGAGUUUGUUGCGACGAGGAAUUAGAGACGUCUUUUACCUACAUCGACGAGAAUGUGAACCUGCAAGUGGAGCCCGAGCCGAGCUGCAAAACUCACAGAGCCGUGCGCAACCGCGAGCCGUGCUCGGAGACGUUCCCGGAGCUUUCCUUAAUGUCUGAGGACGAUCUCUCCCUCGGGGAGGGUUCUGGGAAUUCUAUAGACUAUGGGUUCAUCAGUGCAGUCACGUUCUUGGUGACCGGGAUCUCUCUGGUGAUCAUCUCCUACGCCGUGCCGAGGGACGUGGUGGUGGACCGCGACAGUGUGUCCGCGCGCGAGAUGGAGAAGCUGGAGAGGGAGAGCGCGCGCAUAGGGGCCCACCUGGACCAGUGCGUAAUAGCGGGCCUGUGCCUGCUGACGCUGGGCGGCGUGGUUCUGUCCACGCUGCUGAUGAUCUCCAUGUGGAAGGGAGAGAUGUACAGGAGAAAGGUCGUGGCUUACUCCAAGCGCUCCGCAAAACUCUACGGCUCCAUCAGUCUGAAAACCAGGUCGAGUCCCAGUCACUCGUCUGUGCAUCUGUCGCUGGAGGAAGACACUGAGAUGACACUGACGUAAAACAAGUUGGACACUCAGCAGAGGACACAAGUCAGCCAAAGCCUAAAAAGCCACAUCUUGCAUUAAAACAAACA